GACACCCCCCCGGACAGACAGGACACCCCCCCGGACAGACAGGACACCCCCCAGGACAGACAGGACUCCCCCCAGGACUGCACUGUCUGUUCAGUUAGAGCGCCUCCUGUUGAUCAUUCUGCAGUACUGCAACAGACGAACAGGACCCCCCCCCCCCCCCCCCCCCGGGACAGAAACAGGACUCUCUGCUUGGAUCUGUUUUAUAUUCUAAACUUAAAGAAGUGGGAAAGGAGGAUCAGAAGGCAUACAUGGGUAGAUUUAAAAAAGGAUGGAUUUGAUGGACCGAUGGGUGUGUGGGGUCAAAUUAUAGGUCUGCUACCGACAGAUGGAGUGGUGGGUGGAUGGAGCGAGGCACCCAGCCAGAGAAGACCUAAGAGUAAUGCGUUAAUGUGUGUUAAAGAACAGGAAGAGACUGUUGGAGACGUUUCACAGUACUUAUUAACAUACUGAACAUUGUCCGGAGGACGACAGAGACUAGAAAACACAACGUGGAACAGCCAAACCCAUAGGCUCCAUGUGCAAUGGGCUUUUUAUUUUGGGAUCAGCGUUGGAAAGAAGAAGAACUGAGCUUGUGAUUGAAAUCACACUAUGUUGCAUUGCAGACGGGAGAGAAAUAUCUGUUUAAUAUGUAUACCAGAAUCAGAAAAGAUAUGUCUAUGUAAAAAAAAAAAAAUCUAUGCUUUCCCCUCCCUCUCUUUUUGUAAUUUAAAAUGAAGUUUUGAAAUCCUUUCUCUGAGUUGUUGAAAAGUUUUACCUCUGUCGUAGCGUUUUCCUGAAAGAAAUAUGUUCCUUUUUUUUUUUUUUAAGAGCUGUUUUUGCUUCUCUUUUCUUUCAUUCUUCUGCUUGUUUUCUCAGUUUUUUCCUGUGGUUGGAUGGAUGAACGGACGUGAAUUUCGGACGGUGACCAGUCUCAGGAGGGUGGGGAGGGACGCUGGAGAAGCGCAUUUCAUCUCUUUAAAAUUGCACUUUGGAGAAAAACUGAAAACAUUGAGUUCUGGGAUUAAAGUUCAACAUGGACAAACAGAAAUAAAGACUGAUCUGGGAUGGUUUCUACUCCUGGCUGAUCUGUUGUGUCUCUCAGAUUAAGUGAGGUCACCAGUUGCUAUGGCUACUACAGCUUGCUAACCGUGUCCCAAAUGACACCUUGUUCUCUAGCCCACUACUUCUGACCAGAGUUCUGUCUUGGUCAGAGGUAGUGCCCUCGGCUGUAAAACGGGUGUUAUUUGGACAGUGUUUCCUGUUGAUGUGCUUUUAUUCUACACAUCCAAAUCAGCCAACUGGAAGACACUUAAGUAAAACAUUCAGCAAUUCCAAGAAUGUUCUGCUUUCAAAAUGCCAAACAUCAGGCUUACUCCUUUUGUCACGGUUUUGCUUGAUAAUCAUUUUGAAAAUCUGACUGUACACAUUCAUACAUCAACAUAAAAAAAGUUAAAUCUAAUUUGUUUUGGAAUGAGUAGACAUUGGUACAUUACAUUCUUGCCUUAUUUAAAAAGAAAAAAGUUAUAUUACCACAGUAAAAAACAUCCUUUAGGAUUUUCUAUCAUGAUUUGGAACACAAAUAAGCAAAUUAAUUUUUGAUGAGGGAUAACUCCUACUUUGAAGAUCUCCAUAUUAUAAAAAUGUUUUAUACUGAUGAGUAUUCCUCUCGCCUGUUAGUCUGUUCUGCACACAGAACAAAUAGACACUCUUGCAUUGUAGGUCAUAAAAUAAUUCAUGUUCCUGUCAAUGAUUGUGACUUUUUCAUUUGGCUUAGAAUGAACAGACCAGAUUUGUAUGACAAACUAGUAAAAGAGCAAUAGACCUCAUACAGGUUAUCAAACACAAUCAUUUACAGUAUUUCCUACAAAUUCACCAGCUCUUUAGUGGAAGGCAGGUUAUUUUUGUCCUAUCCAGAACAACCAGUUCCACGUGUUUGACCGUGGUUUGGGACUGUUCUACAGAACUUCCAGUUGAGCGUGGUUUGGGACUGUACUACAGAACCUCCAGUUGAGCGUGGUUUGGGACUGUACUACAGAACUUCCAGUUGAGCGUGGUUUGGGACUGUACUACAGAACCUCCAGUUGAGCGUGGUUUGGGACUGUACUACAGAACCUCCAGUUGAGCGUGGUUUGGGACUGUACUACAGAACCUCCAGUUGAGCGUGGUUUGGGACUGUACUACAGAACUUCCAGUUGAGUGUGGUUUGGGACUGUACUACAGAACUUCCAGUUGAGCGUGGUUUGGGACUGUACUACAGAACUUCCAGUUGAGCGUUGUUUGGGACUGUACUACAGAACCACCUCCCUGAAUUAGCCAGCUAACCUUAGUAAACAACCAACAUAACAUUUCCAGGUUAAUUUGGAAAACUAAACGUGUCAUUUUAGGUUAUUUAAAUGUGACUAUGACUACAAUUUCAAGCUAGUCUCCAAUAAUAUUUCAGAAUAGAGGCAAGUGAGCCAGCUAAUGUAUUUGUAAUACAGCCCUUUGGCUGUGGACUGAAGAAUGUUUUCCUUGUCAGAACCUUUGGGUCCUACGGUGUUAAUGUUGGACUAGAAGGGCUCUGGGAAGUGGGUCCAGGGUCAUAUGUCCACUGUAAGUGACCAGAACGUAAUAGGACAAAGUAAACAGAACAUGUCAGUGCAUUUGGGGUGAGUGGCUUGUCCUACAAUGUAGCCCAUCAUUAAACAAAGAUGUGACCAAGGAAUUCCCUUUCCAUAUAGAAUCUGGAUUUGAUGAAAAGUUGAUGUGAGGCUCGAUGUACUAGACCCCUCUAAGGUUGCCAGAGGAUAUUGGUUCAGAACCCUCAGUAUUUAAAAAAUGACUGAUUCCAUGCACUGUAUACAACUUUCACACACUUGAUAUCUAUGCUCCAUUGGAGUCUCCAUACGUGAUCCAAAAUACGUAGCUUAUUUCACAACAAUAGUAAACAUUCUCACUGAAAUGCGACGUUCAGACAACUCAACAAUUGAUAUGAUACAACGCUUCUUAUCUGUUGUUCAUUAAACCAUAAGCAAUUGUGCAUCUUAAAAAUACAAAAAAGGACACAAUAAGAAAUGAAGUCAACCCGCUCCACGUUUCGGAAAACAUGUAAGCAUCACGUGAGAACAGCACCAAAACUGCGUUAUCUAUUGGUCCAGACCUGGAAUGGGUCCCUUUUCCUUAUACGUCAAAACCGUCGGCCAUUGUGGUCACAACUCGUAACUAGCGUAACUAUGUUGCUCCGGGGAACACCAGAGGUCAAUCCGACGGGAUGAAGCGUGAUAUUUUAAUAGAAUUUGGUCAUUAUUCACACUGAAUCGAUUACAGAAAUAUAUUUUAGGCGGUGUGUUUAUUGACGCCGGAUGUUUUGAACCGGGCGCUCCCGCUGGUUUGGUUAAGUUAACCGUCACCGGUUACCAGGGAGAGGUAGAGGUGUUCUCACACUUCGGGGGAAUGUUUUUUUCUUCCGAUAGCUGUCAGCUGACCCUGCGGACACUAACACAUCAUUUUGAGUGAGCAUAACAAUGUAUUGCAGGAGGAAUAUCGAUUUGUAGCUCGUCACGGUGGAUUUGUUUUGCUCGUUGACGCGCUAUUCAGAUAGCGCUCAAAUAGAAUAACACGUUGGGUUGAGGAAUCCAACUAUCUCCUAAUAUCUUAAACAACUAUUUUGUAGAACACAGCAUUGUGCUAUAAAAGUUGCCGAUUUUCGACAAAAUCAUGGCAGACUACACCGAUCGGUCUCUACCCAUCUGGCGGCGGCUAAGUUACUCUGUAGGGCACUUUCUGAACGAUCUGUGCGCCUCAAUGUGGUUCACCUAUCUGCUGGUGUUUUAUCACUCCGUACUGGGUUUCCAUAACACCUAUGCAGGCGUCUUGCUGCUAGUGGGACAGAUAGCGGACGGGGUCUGCACUCCUCUUAUCGGCUACGAAUCGGACCGAACGCCCGGCUUUCGGACCUACGGAAAGAGGAAGACAUGGCAUUUAGUGGGGACGGUCAGUGUGCUGGUGUCCUUUGCCUUCAUCUUUAACCAGUGUCUGGGCUGCAACCAGGACACACCCCAGUGGGUGAGCCUCACCUACUUCAUCCCCUUCAUCAUCAUCUUCCAGUUUGGCUGGGCUGCCACUCAGAUCUCACACCUCUCUCUCAUCCCUGAGCUUGUGUCCUGCGAACACGCCAAGGUGGAGCUCACUGCAUACAGGUAUGCGUUCACGGUGAUGGCUAACAUAACGGUGUAUGCUGUGGCCUAUCUGCUGUUCCACCUCCAGUCAGAGUCCGAUCAGGAACCCACCCUCACUGAGACUUUGGGGCCCAUAGAUAUAAAUAUAUUCAGGAACUUGAGCCUCAUAGUUCUGGGUAUUGGUGCUCUCUUCUCUCUCGUCUUCCACCUGGGCACGAAGGAAACAAAAGGGGGCGAAGGGGAGAAGGAGGUAAAGAGGGACGAAGAAGAGAGCGAAGAGGACGGAGAGCGCCGGCCCCUUAUCCCUGGCCUAAAGGCCAUCUCUCCUCCCCAGCCGCUGCUGAGUUGGAAAUGUUGGCUGGAGCAGCCUUCCUUCUACCAGGUGGCGUUUAUCUACAUGGCAACAAGGCUGAUGGUGAAUCUGUCACAGACUUACAUCUCCAUGUACCUCACCAACUCACUAAUGCUGCCAAAGAAAUACAUUGCCACCAUUCCCCUGGUGAUGUAUGUCAGUGGCUUUGCUUCCUCCUUUAUCAUGAAGCCGAUUAGCAGACGAAUCGGCAAAUGUAUGACUUACUUCGUGGGCCUUCUGUUGAUUAUGGCCUUCUCCUAUUGGGUACUGCUGGACGACAAGAUGGGCGACCAGAUCUAUGUGACGGCCAUCCUCCUGGGGGCGGGGUCAGCCACCAUCCUCGUGAUGUCACUCUCUAUGACAGCUGACCUCAUCGGGGACCAGACGCAAAGUGGAGCGUUUGUUUAUGGGGCGAUGAGCUUCACGGACAAGGUGGCGAACGGAUUGGCUGUCAUGAUCAUCCAGACAAUGCACCCCUGCCAUACCCAGGUGUGCUGUCCGGCGUGUGUGUGGUACUACCAUGACGUCAUGGUCAUCGUAACAGGGGGCGUGGCCGUCGUAGCGGCCAUCAGUCUCUGCACCAUCCUAAUUUGGCCAAUCAGGAUUGUCCACCGUGUCCCUUGCAUCUCGGGUCUGAUCGACAGUGAGGCUCAGGAUCGGUCUGAGUACAGCUCUGACCCACCUGGAACAGGUCCAGCGGUCAACUAAGAGCAGGAAGAGGUGAUGAGGACCGCAGGUUUAUCUACCUGGGAAGACUAGGAAUUUAUUUGGGAGAAAAUGCACCAAGAAGUUUACACAGCAUUCACCGUUCCACUAAGUUAGCAUUAGCAUCUUAGCUGCUCAUCAUCAGAUUUUACCUUUGUGUUCCUGGAGUCCGGCUAGUGUGUUGAUCCAGCUGUAGCAGGCACCAGGGACCAGUUGAAUGCUGGGGAGCAGCACUUCAGCACUACUUGUCUCCGCUCGGCUAUGGCUCAGUCUGGCAUCUCAAUGUCUGGCCCUCGCCUCUCAACUGGAAACACUAGGUCCUCUCACCUGACUCCCAAGCAGCCAGCUGACAUCCCUGUUGGACGGUAAUUAUUCCUCUGAUCUGGAGGAAUGUGGAGGGACAGGCUCCUCUCUGGAUCGCGGGAUACAUACCACUGUGUCAAUGUUAACGUCCUGGUCAAUACAGCAUAACGCACAAAUAAUGUGAGGGUGCCUUUACGAAGACAAUGUAUUUAGUAAUUCAGUCUGUUUUGGUCAUUAUCGACACCUGAUGCUGCAGUGGAUUUAAUUAGUUGAUUCACUUAAUUGAUUCAAAUUGAAUCUUGCAAUUAAUUUAGUUAUUUUUACAGGACCUCUACUGUUUGUGAUUGCCUCUACUGUUGAGUACAGCAUGGUCAAUAUCAGACCUUUAUCCAGACUGACACCACCACAUGGUCAAUAUCAGACCUUUAUCCAGACUGACACCACCACAUGGUCAAUAUCAGACCUUUAUCCAGACUGACACCACCACAUGGUCCAUAUCAGACCUUUAUCCAGACUGACACCACCACAUGGUCCAUAUCAGACCUUUAUCCAGACUGACACCACCACAUGGUCAAUAUCAGACCUUUAUCCAGACUGACACCACCACAUGGUCCAUAUCAGACCUUUAUCCAGACUGACACCACCACAUGGUCAAUAUCAAACUUUUAUUGGGACUUCAAACCUGUCAUGACUAGAUUCCUGUGAUUCACUAUUACUUAAAGAUGAUUUCUGAUUCUUAGCUGCGGUUUGUGAAGGUAGCACUGUCAAGGCCAAAACGGGUCACCCAUCAAUGUUUACUAUGUAAAGUAUUUGCCAAUAUUUGCCCCAUGACAUCAAAACCAGUGUUCAUUUUGGCAGCUUUUUAGUCAUUUUAAUGUUUUUUGUUUUUAUCCUCCAACCGUAACUGACCAACGGGGCUACCACAGUUAAGAUGUGUCCAUGAUGGAAGGACGUAGCCGGAAAUAUUCAUUAGUUCAAAGAAAACAACAAGGUCUAAAAUGACUAAAUGAAAUUAAUGUUUUUACAUACCCAAUUACGUAGCUACCACUAUGUACAGAAUCAAAAGGUGCUUUCCAACCAAAUUACACGUUUGUCCACCGUUUUAAUAGGUAAGGCUAAAAUAGGUGAAAAUAUUAACCACUCACUUUCAAAAUAGGAAUUGGACAAUGGCUAACUAAUCAUUCACAUUCACAUUACUCUGAAUGGAAUGUGAAUGAGAAUGAUGGCUAACUUCACACUCACAUUCAGUGUGAAUUCACAUUCACAUUAAAAGUCCCAAAUGCAUCUUCAGUACGUUGGUAUAUGCCAAAUAAAUUGAAGUAAAAAACCAAGUAAAGUGACAUACACUGUUUCAGUGUUGCAGUGUACUUUCAUUACAGGUGAGAUGUAAUUAUAAGCAUUUGUCUUUUUUUGCAUUUUACAGCCAGCAUCAUUUGAAGGGUUUUAAUAACGCACUCUGUUUGUUGUGAACUGUCUAACUUUUUCUUUGUGAUUCCUUAUUUUACUUGACGUUUAUGACAGGUAUUUAGGGACGGGGAUAAGAAGGGAAUUAAUUAAUGAUCCUGAUUCCAGGAGAAUCUUAUGAAAAAGGCAUAAUGAUUUAUAUAGUGCCGUGACAAAGUCUUUUCCGCCUUCCUGAUUUAAUCUAUUAUUACAUAUUUGUCCCAAUGAAUGGUUUCAGAUCAUCAUACCAAAUGUUAUAUGACAAAGGGAACCUGAGUAAACCUCAGAAUUCAGUUUUUCAAUGAUUCUUAUAUUUUUUGAAGUAAAAAUGUUUCCCAACAA